GAAAAGAAAAAAGGAAAAAUUCAUACAAAUGAAGGACCAACACGACUGAUGAGGGACGUCACACAUUCACAGCACAGGAGAUGCUUUUUUUGAACUCAAAUCAGUUCUGAGAUUGAAAUUUUGAAUCUAAUAGUAAUAAGUGAAUGUGAUGUUCAUUUUCUUUAGUUCAACCUUCAUUUUCUUCCAUACUAAUCAUCUAACUUAAAAGAGCAAAACAAGAAAAAAAAAAAUCUCAAAUCUCAAAUCUCAAAUCAAACUCUUAUGUCCAAACUCCAUGGAUUUCUCUUCAUCACUUCAGUCCAGGCCUUCAUACUUCCCACCACACCGCACACAGCUUCAUCCUCGAAUGCACAUAAACUCCUUCUCUUCUUCUUCUUCUCCUUCUCUUCAGAAUUCUAACAAUAACAACAACAACAAGUCCCAUUUCCUUAUUAAUAAUAACAAAUGCCUAAUCCUCUCCAUCGCUCUCCUCACUUUCCCUUUUCUCUUCUACCUGUUCUCCACCGCUCAAAAGAUCCACCAUUCCUCCAAAUUCGCCGAACCCAAAUCCCAAUUCUUUUCCAUCGUUAUUGAUUCGGGUCCUUCUGGGUCCCGUGUCCGUGUUUUCGAGCUCUUGACCGAAGGUGUCAUGCCUUUUGGGAAUGGACAAAUGCCUUUGGUUGCUGGGUCUUUGAAGGUUCGCCCUGGAUUGGCUGGGUUUUCGAAAGAUCCGAAGAAUGCCAGUGGUUUGAUUGAUGGGUUGGUUCAGUUUGCUAAAGAUAGAGUGCCUAAAAAACAGUGGGGGAAUACUGAGGUUCAGUUGUUGGCUAAUGCCGAGGAUAUGGAGAGGUUGGAGUUUAAGGUGAAGGAGAUGAUUUUGGAGUCUUGUAGACGAGUUCUGAGAGAGUCUGGGUUUGUUUUUAAGGAUGAGUGGGCACGGAUUAUGGAAGACAAAGAAAAGGGUGUCUAUGCUUGGGUUGCAAUAAACUAUGCUUUUGGGACCCUGGGAGGUGAUGCUCAAAAAACCACAGGGAUAGUUGAACUUGGAGCAACUUCUUUGCAGGCUACAUUCACUUCAAGAAGAGUAGCAAAAGGAACUUCUUUACGUACAAUCAAAUUGGCUGGAGUUACUUACAAUCUUCAGACACAAAGUUUUCCAAAAUUCAGCCAGGAUGAAGCAUGGGAGUCUCUUCAUAAGCUUCACAAUUCUAGACAGUUAGUCUCCUCAUCUAGUAAUAGGGUGGUAUCGGAUGGUAACCCUUGCAUUCCCAAAGGAUUUGAGAUAGCAUCCAAUACAAAUGAAGCACAACUUCUCUUAUCUCAUUCAGCUGGAAACUUUACUGCAUGCAGACUUGAAGCUUUGUCAUUGUUGAAGAGUCAACAAGAGAAAUGCUUACAUCCACCAUGUAACAUUGUCCCAUCUUUCUUCUUGGAGCUACAAGGCAAGCCUAUUUCUCAAGAAAGCUUGUUCUAUACUUCUGAGUUUUUUGGCCUGGUUCCUAGUACUUUGUUUGAAUUGGAGGCUGCUGGGAAACAUUUUUGCGAAGGUGAUUGGGAUAACUUGAAAAGUGAACAUCAUGGCAUUGAUGAUUCGGAUUUGAUGAAGUAUUGUUUCUCUUCUGCUUAUGUGGUAGCGCUGUUGCAUGACAGCCUUGGGAUUUCAAUGAAUGAUAAAAGAAUUGGGUUCGCGAAUUAUACGGGAAGCUACCCCCUCGACUGGACUCUCGGAGCUUUCAUUCUCCAGUCAAUGUUGGAGCCUCUUGAUAUGAAAAUUGAUAACAUGGAACAAAUUGUUGGAAAUGAGUGGGUUACAUAUUUUUCAUUGUUUGCUUUUCUUUUAAUAGCUUUGCUUGCUGUAUUAUUUGUUCUGCAAUGGCGAAAACCACAGUUAAAAACAAUUUAUGAUUUAGAAAAGGGACACUAUAUUGUCACAAGAGUGCCCAGGUGAUUUUUUGUCCCUCACCUAACAUUUUUGUUCUUGUGAGAAUAAUAUGUAAAUUCUAUUGUAUCUUAAUGGAUUCUGCCACAGGAAAUCAUUUUUUUUCCCAAAGGAAAAUGUUGAA